CAGCCUGUAAGCAUUCUAUGAGGGGAUGCCUGGAUUUUUUUUUGUAAAGUCCUUCUCUUCAAAAGCCUGCUGAUGUCUUCAGAUCACAGUGAACACCUGAAAACUAAAUGAGCCAUUUUAAAAGAGAAUUGUGGGAUAUUUAUAUAUAUACGAGGUAAGCCUUUUAUUUAUUUGGUGAGAAAUGUACUUUGAGUUAAAUGGGCGAGUAAAGAAUAAGAACAAAUAGUGGCAAAGUGGUUUGCAAGUCUGUUGUACCCUUCAUAAUAGAUAUAGUAACCCUGUUUCCAGCAGUGACCUGGUGAGAUUUAGUAACCUGGUAAACUGUAAAGACCAGCAAGCAUGAAUGUUAUAGUUGCUUAGGGAACCAUAAGCUUGAAGGAACAUGAUAGUCCCAACAUUUUAUUUCAACAUUAGCAAGGCAGAGAGGUAACACAGAGAGAUGUGAAGCCCUAUAACAACAACUCUGCCAUUUUGUGUGUGUAUCCUUUCCCCCCAUAAGGACCUAAAUGGAAAAAUGAAAAAGGCUGGGGGGUGGGGGACAGGGAACCCCCCAAAAUUACUAAACUUGGGUUUUCAUAGGGAAUGAAACAUUUAAAACCAAUUGCAAACCACUGCCUAAAUUGGCUUGCCAACCCACAUACCUCCAUCAUACCUGGCUCAGGUUUCAACUUCUUUGCCCUCAUGAUCCAUCCCAAAAUGCCUCCAUUCAGAAUUUUCAGUCUCCUGGAUUUGGUAGAUGUAAAUGAACGGUAGAGUUAUGUGUCAUCCACAUAGUUGACAUUUUAACCCAAGACUCCAGAUGACUUCUUACAGCAGUUUCACAGGGAUGUCAAAAGAAAUCUGGUCAAAAAGAUGUCAGGGGACAAAAUAGAACCCUAAGUCAUCCCAAAUGUCAAGUCCCCCGACCAUUCAAAAAGGAUCCAAGCAAAGUUAACUCCAUGCCUCUUGAGUCCCAUCUUGGCAAGACAGCCCAGAAAGAUUGUUUAGGAGUAUAAUCUGGGAGUUUUUCAAGUGCCUUAAUCCUGCAGAAGGAUGGCUUCCCCCUUACCUAGGGUCAGACUUGAUGUGGCAUUGUUCAUGUGACCAUCAUGGUCCUGAACUGGAGUGACCCAGGCGCAGCCAGCUUUUAUUCCGAGGCGGACCAUAGUAAAGACUUCCUGACUCCGAUCUGCCAGCCAGGUUCCACCCCAUGAUUAAGCAGUUCAAAAUUCCAGGGUGGUUGGGUAUCCUGCCAGCCCAAGCUGCUGGCUGUGAGAGGUCUGGCUGGCUUUCACCCCUUGGGGACAGUGGGGGGCCACAACCAGCCACCCCUGCCCACCCGCAAGCAGGGCAAGCGGUCAUCUCCAAACCAUUGCCAAAAGCAGCCUCUUGUACAAAACAUUGCAAUAGCCCAGAUAUAAUGCCAGUUACAAGAAUUCACUGGCUAUCAAACUAUGCAGUGUCAAUUCUUUCCACUCCAUAAUUCACAGUAACUAACCCCCCCCAAAAGAAAACUAUCAAGAAAUAGUGUGGGUCACUUGGUCAAGAAGGAUAGUGUCUAUUUAUCAUGAAGCAAUGCUAAGCAGGGAAAGGGGAUAGAAAGGAUGCAGAUAACAUGGUUGAUGUGUUUGUAUAAACCACAACUACAUGAGCCCUCUCACAAUAUAAUUUCAUUUGCAGGAAUGUUCUGACGGAUAGCAAUAGUAUGUUUUUAAAGGUUUGACACCUUAUUUUCAUCUGGAACUAACGCUGCUUUAAAUUUGGUUUCACUAAUAGCAUAUUUGAAAGGAGCGUGCUUGAUAAGCAAUGUCUGCUUAUGAUGAAGGAGAAGAGGAAGGAGACCCAUAUGAGGACAUUACCGAGCCAAAAUCAGCUGCUGCUGAAUCACUCCUUCCUAAGGAACCUGAACCUGCUCCAAGGUAUAGGCUCUUAGUUUUGGUACAGAAUCUCCACAUUUCAUGCAUUCCAUUUCAUGUACAGAACGAUGUGUUAAUGCUAAUCUAACGAUAUAUUUCAGGCAAGAAGGUAAGUACCAUAUUCAAAGCAAUUUAAAGACAAAUCAGAAUGCCAUGUCUUCAGGAUUUAAAGGGCCAAUUAAUGCAUGUUUAUUCAGGAGUAAGCUCUACUAAUACCUCCUGGCAAAGAGCUAUAUAUGGCAAAUGUGCCUUAAACUGCAAUUCUAUCCAUAUGUACCUGGGGUAAGUCCCAUUGAACUCAGUGAGGUUUAUUUCUGAGUAGACAUAUAUCAGAUUGCACUGAUGGAAACCUAAGCAGCUGGAGAGGAAAACGAGUUUCUCAUUUUUAGCUGACUUCCGUGGGGGUUCAAAACAUUUUGAGACUGUAUAAUUUGCAAGGUAUAUACCGUAGAAUAUAAAUAAAGUUCUUAUCUUAGUACUUCUAGACAAGUUACAGUGGUACCUCUGGUUACGUACUUAAUUCGUUCCGGAGGUCUGUUCUUAACCUGAAACUGUUCUUAACCUGAAGCACCUCUUUAGCUAAUGGGGCCUCCCACUGCUGCCACACCGCUGGAGCACAAUUUCUGUUCUCAUCCUGAAGCAAAGUUCUUAACCCGAGGUAAUAUUUCUGGGUUAGCAGAGUCUGUAACCUGAAGCGUAUGUAACCUGAAGCGUAUAUAACCCGAGGUACCACUGUACAUAUUACAUGUUACCUGGAUUACUAGAGGAAAUGGCAGAAUGUGAUAUAAACUGUAGAUCAAAAUCUGCAAUCCUAUGAGCUGGGAGAAAGCAUCAGUGAAGUGAGUAGACCAAUACAUGGAGGGUAAUGCUAGCAAUGCCUACUAGUCAUGAUGGCUGUGCUCAGCCUCCACAGUUGGCAACAGCCUUCUGAAUACCAGUUGCUGUAAACUGUAGACGGGGAGAGUGUUCUUGUGCUUGAGUCCUGUGUGUGGGUUUGCCUCAGGCAUCUGAUAAGUCACUGUGAGGACAGGAUGGGGCACUGGCUUGAUCCAGCAGAGGUUUUUCUUACAUUCUUAAUUACCUUCAUCAUGCAUAGAAUUGGGUUAUGACUCUCAUUACCUGGAUCCCAUUUCUGAACUAUGUUUAAGCAAAGGGAGAAAUAAUGAGUAGUCUAUAUAAAGCUGUGCAUGUCUACUAAGAAUUGAGUCUCACUGUGUUCAGUUAGUCAAUAGAGCAUGAGACUCUUUAUCUCAGGAUUGUGGGUUCGAGCUUCAUGUUGGGCAAAAGAUUCCUGCGACACAAAGGGUUGGACUAGGUGACCCCUCGCAGUCCCUCUCCCAACUCUACAAUUCUAUGAUUCUAUGAAAAUGUGCUAUGAAAAGAGCAGCAGCAAAAAUCUGCUAAAAAUGCAUAAUGAUGUGUGUGUAUGCUGAACAUGGUGUCCAAGAUGUAAAAGGAACAUAACUUGAAGAAUGGUCAAGACGAUAAAAUACUAGUUAAAACUUUGGUAUCUUCCAGUAUUUUGUGUGCCUUUCUUUGUUCGAUGAUAGAAAAGGUUAUUUUGGCUUAAUAUUGAUAAAAUUCAAGGAAAUGGCUUUAAUAAAUAAAUAAAUCCUGCACAAAGCAACUUGCUCAUAAUAGCAGCAUUUCUUGUUAGAUUUACCCUUGUACAUUUGAAUUCCAUUCAUGGGAAAGAUAUUGGAAGAGAGCUGUUAUGAAGUCUUUCUUGCAGGUUUCCCAUAGUCAUCUGGUUGGACACUGUGAGAAAAGGAUGCUGCAGUAGGUGGGCAACUAGCCAUAGUUGUCUCACAGAGAGAGAUUCGGACUGAGUCUCAGGGUCACAUCUGCCACCCCUCCUUUUCAAUCCCCUCACUGCCAUGAUCCAGGCAUCAUUUUGGAGGGCUCAGCACACAAUUGUAAUGUGGGUCCCCUCCUAUACACACACAAUGAUUCCAUCCAAUACAUAGAAUUUCGUUACUCACAGGAAAGAAAAGUUUAUAUUUAAAAAUUCUAAAAUUACAUCUUCCGCAUAUCUGAAAGUAAACCAUGUCCCAGAAAAUACCACACUCUUUUUGCUUAAUUAAAAAAAGAAAGAAAACCUGGCUUGAAGAAGAGUUCAACAACCCUUAGCUGACUAUUUUGUAACUUUUGGCUGGUCCAAAAUAAAUAAAUAAAUAUCCUGUCAAUGUUUCAUCAAGGAUGAUGGCAAAAGGUGUAUCUGCUUGGAAAACUUUGCUUGAUUGGUUCUUCUUUGUUAUAUGUUCCACAAGCAAAUAUCUUUUGUGAUAUUAUUAAGUGUUUUUUAAAAGAAAAUAAUGUGUAGCUGUAAUGAAAACAUUAAUAUAUAUAUUUAAAACAGUUAUGCUUUUAUUUUGUUUUGUUCUAAUGAACCAAUAUGAACACAAGCAUUUUCCCACUGCACAAUCAUGAAAUAUCUAAAAACAAAACAAAAUAGGUGGUUUAGCCAUUCUUGCCCCGCUAGCGAAUGAUGGCAGGCUAUAGCAACACUGGCUCUUAUUGGUCUUUUUGAUGAGUGACCCUUAUUAUUAUGGCACUUUGUCCUGCCUUUCUGUCUGUGCAAAAGGAACACUGUCGAGUGGCCUUCUGCCCUACUUUCCAGUCCUUUAGUGACUUCUUUCUGAAGGAUUCUGAAGAACCAUAUCAAGGGAAAGCAGCAGAGACCUUGAACCUAUAUUCAACACACUCACAGUCUUGCCCACUUGGGUAAGAUGUACUCUUUCUGUUUAAAUAAUUGCAAUUAUUUAAGAAUUUGCAUCUGUAAAUAUAUAUCACCAUAUGCAAUUUUGAUGCAAAUAAGUGUCCUCUUUUUUGUGGGGGAUGGGUUGGGUUAAAGUAUCUAGUGGCCACCUUAGAAUUCUUGAACUGGUAGGUCUUGAGAGAUCAUGUCACCUGGGGAAGCACACAUUUCUGUCUCUCAAAAGACAAGGGCUGGUUUAACUGCACAAACAUACUUUCUCUAGGACAACAAUUCACUGUUCAGAAUGUUGCCUGCACUGCUUCUUAGCACUCCAGCAAAUCCAGACAAUGGGGACAUAAAGGGAAAUCAGUUCCUAGAAACAUCUUCAAGCAUAAUAAUCAAUUUAGCCUUUAUCCGCCCCCCCCCCCCACCUUAGUAAUGAUAUUGCACCCUUAGCCAGACUCCUCUCCGCACCUUACCCUGCCCACAUGGUAGGACCCUGCUCACUUCAAGGAGCAGUAGACAAGUGAACAUCGUUAUCUGAAUGUGGGCUCUUCUCUGAUGUUGCUGGAAUAUGCCCUCCUUAAAAUGGAAAAGGAACAAUCUAGGCUCAUAUUUUUUUAUGGAGACAAUCCAUUGCACAGCCCCUUUAUUAUCACGAGCCAAACUCUGAAGCUUGUCAGAGUCUCUGCCAGAACUGACCCUUAUAAGCAGACAUUCUGCAACCCUGAUCUACAUUCAGCUUGGUGGCAUUCCUAGAUAAUGUGUCCAGGGCAUGGCCUUACAGAGGCUCUUUAAACUUUUUCUUGACCCUUGAGUUGCCAAAUGGGACAGGUGCCCUGAUCCGGAAGAAGAUGGAGCCACCAAGAAACAGAGAUGGGAAGGAGCUACUGCGACAGCCGAGCGCAGUCCCUGGUUGCCUUGGCAAUGCAGAACUGAACUUUACCUGAGGCAGCCCAGGAAGCAUUAUAAGAGUUGGGAAGACACCUGGGCCCAAACAUAGUUUACCACUUUUUUCAAGUGAAUGCCGCUAGUCCUCUUCCUAGCCCAUAUAUUUUAUAUAUACCUGUGUGAUGCAGUGGUUAGAGUAUCAGAGAAGGAUUGCUGAGGCUGGGGCUUCACAUUUCCACUCAGCUAUGAAGAUCACAUGGCAAUGAUGACCACUUUGUCUCAGCCUAACUAUUCUCACAGGAUUGUUCUGAGAGUAAUAUGGACAGAAGGAAAAAUCAUAUGUACCAACCUGAACUAGGAAAAAAUAUAGGAUGUAAGGGAGGGACAAGGCAGUUGGAAUUCAUGGAGGCAAAACACUGAUGAUCUAUCAAGAAGUCGCUUCUUUAAAGCAGAUUAUUGCAGACUACAAAAGGAAUCCUAGCUUUGAAUCGUCUGAAUCUGCUGGAAAAGCAGUUCAUCUGCUUGAUAAUAUGUUUGCGUAUUCUUGGCUGGAAAACCUGUUCCCCCCCUAUGUGAAAUCACAGUAGAAAUGUACUUUAAGAUGCUUCAAACUGAAAUCUUUUUGUUUCUUUAUUGUGUCAGCACCCCACAGCCGCCAGCUGGUAGAAUGGACUGCUGCUGCCUUCUGUGGAGUAUCAUCUGGUUGGUGGUGCUGGUGGCUUUUGCUUGGCCCUUGAGUGUGGCUAUGGCAGCCCUUUAUGGAUUUGUAUCACCCAUGAUUACCCUAAUAGGACUUGAUGAUAUCAGUGAGUCUCUGCUACAAGCAGUACAUGUGGGACGAGAGUGUGCUCAGAACGUCAGAAUGGGCAGGCCUAUUGCUUGAAGAAAAGAUCUCGCAGCAUUAGGUGUCCCUUCCCUUUACCUAUAUCUUAUCACGAGUGCUGAUCUGUAAUUCUUCUUUUUCAACCAUCUAUAUUAAAAAGUUCUUAUUUCACUAUAAAAUUGGUUUCAUGAUAUUUUUACCUAUCCGCCAUUUUAGCCAUCGCCACUAUAUAAAUAAUCUAACCUCUGCAACUUAAACUCUUGCAAAGACAUCAUCAGUUGAGAUGGGCAAUUUGCUUAUUGAUGCUUUAAUUGAUCAAUACCAAAGUGGAUUUUAGUGUGUGCAUAAGAGGACAUAUUUUACAAUACAUUAUAGUAUUGUGUGGACUGUGCCAAAAGCAACAAGAUUUGGCUCCACACUGGUAAAAGGGGAGGGUUGAUAUCUUUUUGUAGAACCCGCUUCUGUUGGAGACAUUGAGCAUUUCCACAUGGCAGAUUCUGGUAGGUUUGGUGCUGCUUGUGGAUGCAAGCUUUGUGCAGUGUCCAUGUGACAUUGUCAUAAUCAAAAUGCCAUCCUACAUUAUUUUCCCAUUUAAUCCAGAUUUACCAUUUCUGCAGAAAAUCCAGGAAGUGAGAAACACAAGAAGAGAACCUGCCAUUUUCAUGCCAACUAGUGAAACAUGUUUAAGUGGUAGGGGUGGGGAAGAAAUUAGUUAGUUUACAUUUUAAUACAGAGCUUCCUAAUUCGUACUUCCUAAAGCAAUAAGCAAACCAAAACACAAUUAUCCCUCGAAGUUUGCAGUUGUCUGAAUUUGGGGGUGCAGUUCUUCAACCAAAUAAUGUCUAUACAAAUGUUGUAUUAGGGACAGUGUGUAUAGAAAUGCACAUAUUUUUGAAAGUGGCAUUCAAAAAUGCAUUAUAUUUUGGGAAAUUGGUCGCAAAAACAUAUAUAUCAGGAAAAAUUGCACACAAAAAUGUGCAUAGCAGGAAGAAUUUGAACUAAAAUUGUGAAAAAAAUUAAUGAGGACUUUUAAUGAAGAAAAAUAAUUUGCCAGCUGACAUAGAAAUGUGGAGAACUGAGCUCGACUAGAAAAAGGAGACACUGAGAUUGACAGAUUUGUCCAUCUCUGGGAAAUAGUAAACCCAGAUUAAAUGGGAAGGAAAUAUGGGAUGGCAUUUUGAUAGGGAUGGGUAUUGUGUGGACCCUGAGAAAAACUUCAUUGCUGGAGCAUUUUAAGAAAAAAGAAAAAACUGCUACAUGAUUUCAGUGUAGAAAUGUAUUUUGAAAUGCUUCUGACUGAAAUCUUUUUGUUUCUUUAUUAUGCCAGCCCAGCACCACCACCCACAACUCACUACUGCUGUCUUCUGUGGAGUAUCAUCUGGUUGGCUGUGUUGGUUUGUUUUGCUUGGCCCCUGAGUGUGGCUCUGGCAGCCCUUUAUGGAUUUGCAUCACCAAUGGUUACCCUGUUAGGAUUUGAUGAUGCCAUUGGAUCUUUGCUGCAAGCAGUAAAUUUGGGAAGAGAGUGUGCUCAGAACAUCAGAACUGGCAAGCCCAUCAUUUGAAGAAAAGAUCUCACAGCAUUUUAGCAUUCCAUUCUUUCACAAGCAUCCUUUAUAUGUAUUUAGCACUAACAGUCCACCU